CCGCUCGGCCCCCGGCCCUGCCCGCGGCGCCCGGCCUCCUUCCGUCCCUGCCGUGCUCCCUCCGUCUUCCGUGCGCGUCCCGCUCGGCCGGCGUGCCUCACGCCUAACGGGCGGCCGCGGGCGCCAAUCAGCGGGCGGCAGGGUGCCAGCCCGGGGCUGCGCCGGCGAAUCGGCGGGGCCCGCGGCUCGGGGAGGGAGGCGGGGCUACCGCGCGCGGCGGCGGCGGCGGAGGAGCAGCUCUCUAGCCUGCAGCUCGCCAGCGCCGAGCGAGCCGCCCGAAGGUGUAUUUACCAGGCUGUUUCUGAGUGUGGAUUGUACCACUGGUAAGAAAAUGUCGUCCAUCUUGCCAUUCACUCCGCCAGUGGUGAAGAGGCUUCUGGGAUGGAAAAAAUCAGCCAGUGGGUCUGGAGGAGCAGGUGGUGGAGAACAGAAUGGUCAGGAAGAAAAGUGGUGUGAGAAAGCGGUGAAGAGUCUGGUGAAAAAGCUCAAGAAAACGGGACGGUUAGAUGAGCUUGAGAAAGCCAUCACCACUCAGAACUGCAAUACGAAAUGUGUCACCAUCCCAAGCACUUGCUCUGAAAUUUGGGGACUGAGUACACCAAAUACGGUAGAUCAGUGGGAUACAACAGGCCUUUACAGCUUCUCUGAACAAACCAGGUCUCUUGAUGGUCGUCUUCAGGUUUCGCAUCGGAAAGGGUUGCCACAUGUUAUAUAUUGCCGGUUAUGGCGCUGGCCGGACCUUCACAGUCAUCAUGAGCUCAAGGCAAUUGAAAACUGCGAAUAUGCUUUUAAUCUGAAAAAAGAUGAAGUGUGUGUAAAUCCUUACCACUACCAGAGAGUUGAGACACCAGUUUUGCCUCCAGUAUUAGUGCCUCGGCACACAGAAAUCCUAACAGAACUGCCACCUCUGGAUGACUAUACCCACUCCAUUCCAGAAAACACUAAUUUCCCAGCAGGAAUUGAGCCACAGAGUAAUUACAUCCCAGAAACGCCACCACCUGGUUAUAUCAGUGAAGAUGGAGAAACAAGUGAUCAACAGUUGAACCAAAGUAUGGACACAGGCUCCCCAGCUGAGCUGUCUCCUACUACUCUCUCGCCUGUCAAUCACAGCUUGGAUUUGCAGCCAGUUACUUACUCGGAACCUGCAUUUUGGUGUUCAAUAGCUUAUUAUGAACUAAACCAGAGGGUUGGAGAGACCUUCCAUGCAUCACAACCCUCGCUUACUGUAGAUGGCUUUACAGAUCCUUCAAACUCAGAGAGGUUCUGCUUAGGUUUGCUCUCCAAUGUCAACAGAAAUGCUACUGUAGAAAUGACAAGAAGGCAUAUAGGAAGGGGAGUGCGCUUGUAUUACAUAGGUGGGGAAGUUUUUGCCGAGUGCCUAAGUGAUAGUGCAAUCUUUGUACAGAGCCCCAACUGUAACCAGAGAUAUGGCUGGCAUCCUGCAACAGUGUGUAAAAUUCCACCAGGCUGCAACCUGAAGAUCUUCAACAACCAAGAAUUUGCUGCUCUUCUGGCUCAGUCUGUUAAUCAGGGUUUUGAAGCUGUUUAUCAACUAACUCGAAUGUGCACCAUAAGAAUGAGUUUUGUGAAGGGGUGGGGAGCAGAAUACAGGAGGCAGACAGUAACAAGUACUCCUUGCUGGAUUGAACUUCAUCUGAAUGGCCCUCUGCAGUGGUUGGACAAAGUAUUAACUCAGAUGGGAUCCCCUUCAGUGCGAUGCUCGAGCAUGUCAUAAAGUCCAUCACCAUUUGAGUCUAUCAAAAGACUUCGUGUAACAACUCUUCUGUCAUAGUAUUUGUGUAUGAUGCUGUGGACUGUUUGCUAUCCAAAAAUUCCAGAGUGAAAACAGCACUUGAGGUCUCAUCAGUUAAAGCACCUUGUGGAAUCUGUUUCCUAUAUUUGAAUAUUAGAUGGGAAAAUUAGUGUCUAGAAAUGCCCUCCCCAACGUGGGAAGAGAAGACUUAAAGACUUAGUGAUGUCUUGUUGGGCAUAAGACAGUGUCCCAAAGGUUAUUAAUUACAGUAGUAGUUGUGUAUACAGGUAAUGUAUCAAGACCCAGUAUUGCAGUACUCUGCUGUCUGUAUCCAUUCUUAGUUUGCAUAACUGAGGUGUGUGUGCUGCUUCUUGGUCUAGGCAAGCCUUUAUAAAGUUACAGAACCUAAUCUGUUAUUCCCACUUCACCGUUAUUUUUGUGUCUUUUUUAAUAUAUAAUAUAUAUAUAAAGAUUUUCAAAUUAUCAUUUAGAAGCAGAUUUUCCUUGUAGAAACUAAUUUUUCUGCCUUUUACCAAAAAUAAACCAACUUGGGGGAAGAAAAGUGGAUUAACUUGGAAAUCCUUGACCUUAAUGUUUCCAGUGGGUCUUAGUAGUCAUUCUUUCUUUGUGUGUUUAUUUCCUGCUGGAUUGCAUUUGAAGGAAACCUUACUGGAAACUUCUGGGCUCUUCAUCCCAUUUCUUUUCUGAUAUAAAACAGUACAGCAUGAUGUCAUUGUUGCAAAUAGCUGCAUUGAUGACUGCUGGGGUAGUUAAUGCUGAGUCCAGUGAGGGUUUGCGGGGAGUAAAUCUUGUCUUAGAACCAGACCUCUGCACAUGAUGAUGGACUUUGUGUAACCUGUUGGUCUAUUGAUUAACUUCGGUCUCAAAACAUGAACAGGUGGCAGUAUAAUUAUUUUCAGGGCUAUUCUGGAAUCGUCUCAGUAUGUGUUUCCUUCUUCCAAAGCCAGUUUCAUAAUAAAGGAUCUUUCUGUAAAGGCAGCUGACCUUCUGCCUCGUUGCACUUAACUACCAGGUUGUAUUACAAAAUGUACCUUUGGCAAAUGUACUUGCUUCUGCAAAUACAUAGAGUGACGCUGGGGUAUGGUCAGCAGAUAGGGGCCAUCUGUUUUUAAAGUGUAUUGUGUGUAAUUUAUAAGUAGAAUGUUGUAUUACCUAAUUUCAGGAUUUUAAAGAUUGGGAGCUAAGUCAUUUAUCAAUAUUUUUAGCCUGUAGUUACCUGCAGUCUGAGCUGUUCUUGACUAACCCUGGGUGUGUAGGGGUCACUGACCUUUCUUCUCUGCAGUAAGGGGAUACCAGCUGCUCUGUUGGUCCUCCGUUCUGCAGCAUACAACAGUCAUGUCAAUCUUGACUCCCUUGUUUGCAGCUCCAUACAAAUGGAAAAUACUUCCUGAUCUCCUUUUUGUAAAUUUGAAUAUUUUUGCAGACAAAUACCUUUGGUACUUUUUGAAACCAUACUCACAUGUAUGUACAGGUAUCAUUUUAGAUGCUUUUCAACAUUUGAUUGUUUUCUAUUUGAUAUUUCCCAUUUUCCUAUAUUUGUGUGCGUAUAUAUGUGUUCAUGUAAAUUUGUUAUAGUACUUUUUUAUUCAAAUAUUUAUUGUUCACCUGUUAAUGUGCCAUGAACUUUCUUAACCUUUGGGUGAAGGUGAACAAGAUAACUCUAGUUCUUGCCUUUGUUGACAUAGCUGUUGAUUUAACCCAUGCUCAAGUGUCUUUAGGAGGUAAACAGGGUACUUACUGUCUAGAGAAUGGCAGAUAGGAUGCUUCUGGUAGGACAUGGGAAAGGCAUCUGGGAAAGCGAUGCUUGAGCUAACACCUAACCUAGAAGGAGUGAGCUGUGUGAAGAGCUGAAGGAGAUCAGCAGCACUGCUGGGACAUCAUCAAACCCAAAGACACAGACAGGCUCACAGAGACUCGUGUUAGGCACUGUAUUUAUGCACGUAUUUGCGCCACCCAAACGUAAAUUUGAGAAUGGCUCUUCAGUUUAUAAUUUGUUGAAGGUGGUACUGCUUUGUGAUAGGCUGCUUGUCGUCUCACUGUAGUCUAGUUCUCAGAUCUUUGUUGUGGACAUUUCUUAAUUACAUCAGGUCAGUGCCUCCUUAACUUUCCUUAUGUAAAGAUUAACCAGUAUGGAGAGCUGCUGUUUGCUUCUGGACUUGUUGCUGCACACUGAUGAUCUGUCACUCCUUCUACUUCCCCUUUCAUGAUAGGACAAUGUCCUGGGCAUCAUUGCUGCUGAGCCUGCUGGAGAUAAUCAUUGUAAACUGCCUGCCCCUCAUUGGAAGUUUUCAAACUGAAAAAUUUGUGCUGUUAGGGGAUAGUUCUGGAUGCAGAGGGCACCUUUGAAAGCAGUGGAGGGUUAGUAAACAUGCUAAAUAGAGUGAUGCCAACAGUAGGACGCAUCUCAAUGAUUUCGAUUCAGGUGUAGGUUUUCUGUACACUAUGAAAUGCGAUUUUUCCCUUGAGAUACACAUGUAUCAUGGAGCAUAGAUUGCCACAGUCAUAGUAUAAGUGCUCAUGUGAAGUGUUCAGUGGUCAUGUUUGCUUUCCAGUGAAAUGCUGUGGGCUUACAUUAUACUUUGUCUACCUUGGCUUAGUUUUUGUUGAUUUUUUUUCCCCCACUUUGGUAGGGCUGGUUUUUGUUCCACUUGUUUUAAGUGAUUUGCAUUAUUUAACAUCUUUGCUCAACAGUAAUUUGAAAGCCUUUUAACCAGAUGAUGAAAUUCAACUGGACCUGUCCAGUCUUGGGAAUACCACUGAAUUGGGCUCUGAUUUAAAGACGCUUUCCUGCUUGAGUCUGAGCCACACUGGUUAACACUGCAUGAGGUAUACAUUGAGUAGUUUCUGAUGCCCGUUGUUUACCCAGCCACUGUGAUUCUGCGGCAGUGCCCUGGCCCUCGAGCUGGGCUUAGUCCUGUGGGAAUUACUGUUGCUUUCAGGGCCUGUCACUUUGCCAAAAGGAAUCUGCAUGUGUUUUCUUGAGUGCUAAAUCUUCUAAUUCUGGACUUUUAUCUGUGUUCUAUAUGUAUUUGCAGAUUGUUUAAUAUCUAGGGUGGGUUUUUUUUAGCCUUAAUAUACAACUUAGUGUGGUAGUAUAGUUCAUUCUUUUAAGCUGUUGUAUCUCCCCCUUCAUUUCUUGAACUUCACAUUUGCUGUGCCUUUGUUGUCAGUCCAUGCAGACUAAGACUCCAAACGAAAGCAAUUAGUAGGCUUUUGUAGUCAAAAUCAAAGAAAGCAGAUGUCCAUUUGGUUUCUCUACCUCUUCCAAGAGCUGCCCACAUGUAUCUUUAAGAUAGUUUUUUCAAAGAUUGUUAAGUACUUGGAACAGCUGGGGGUCUAUUAUAAAGUUCCACAAGACAGUAGAAGCUGAUCCUUCCCGUUUGCCGGUUUAUUCCCUCUAUACAACUUUCUCAAGUGUGUCUUCACAGGGCAGCCAAGGUAAUUCCUCUUACUGUGACUUACGGCUUGGGUGGCCUGCUACAUCCAGCUCCUCACUGGUGUGCGCACUUUGCUCCACCCAAGCUUCCGUGCUCUUUGCCCUCCUGUCAGCUGUAGGUUUUGUGUACAUCAGCGUUUCUCCCUUUAGUACCGUGCACUGCUUUGCAGGCAAGCUAGUAUUCUUUGGUUUACUGUUUUAAUCUUACAAGUGGCUCUGGGGUUUUGCACAGUUAAAUGCCCCUGUGACUAACAAGCAGCAAAUUUCCAGAUAUUUAUUUUAAUUUAGAUGGCAACAGCACCUCCAUUCCUGUUUGGGGCCAUUCUCAAGUGUCAUACUUAGUUUAAUUGGUGGUGAUGGUGUGUGAUCUUCAGAGAGACAGAUCCUUGCUGUUGAUCCCUUUUCUUUUUUAGGUUUCCUUGAUUGUUUUAUUUGUUCAGGCUACCUUUUAUCCAAGGAGUUUGAGGGACAGAUUAUUUCUUGUAGUGUAAUUUAUGCGUUCAAUAAUUGCAGCCAGAAAAUAGUGAGUUAUCUCAUGAAUUCUUCUGUGGUAAGACCUGGUUUCAUGUUUGUGUAACUUCUUGAAUAGAGACAUUUAUCUUGGACAGUAUAGCUAGCUUAUAUAUAUAAGAGCUGUCUCAAACCUUUUAGUUUUAGUAUACACACAUAUACCUUCAGAAAAACUUAACAGUGGGGUUGUCUUAACAGUGAUGAAUGAUUACACUGUUUAAAUCUCAGAUCUCAGUAAAAACAUUCCUCAUUUGCUUGUAGACAUUUUUAUGUCAUCCAGUCAGUGUAUUUAAGCUGAAGUCUACCACAGUCCUAAUUUGCUGAUGUUUAGGCACUGUGGUAAAAAUCAUGGGAAAUUCAUUACCACCAUAAAGCUUUUCUAAUCCUCUUCCCUAACUUGUACACUCAGUGCUAAGGGUUAACUUUUGAAUAGCAGAUUGUUCUUAAUUUGCUUCUGCCCAUGAGAUUGCUGCUUUAGAGACUGGGAAGUACCACCACAAGGUCAAGCUCCCUAAACCUAACACUCGCCUAAAUGAAGGUGGCUCAGGCCUGACUGUCUCAGCUGUGGUCAGUAGAAACAAUUUUCUAAGCUUCUUGGGGCCUCUGUACACUAACAGCUCGGUGUUUCUUGGCUCCUCUCCUCCCCUCCCCUCCCCUCCCCUCCUUUCCUUGUCUUCUUUCUUUCUUUUUUUUUUUUUAAAGGUAUUCUGCCUUCUCAAAAAACAAAAACUUCAAAAAUUUCUGGUUCACUAUUUUUGGGUGGAGGACAAGAAUUUGCUCCCAUUUCUGACUUAACAUAAUCAUUGAACAAUCAAAUCCACAACAUAAUGAUUUAAGGACAAAUGUAAAGCUUUAGAGUUAGGAAAGCACACUGAUUAUUCCACUUCCUAACCAGCUGUUAUCCUGUAGAGGUAGUUUACAGAGUUUGGUUAAAUCAGAAUAAUUAUAUGUAACAGUUAGGUAACAUGGAUGAAUUCUUAAUUAAAAAGUAACCAAUUUCAGGAAGACACUAGAUUCAACCUCUGGCCAGUGAAUUUGCCAGCAUCAUACAUAUCCAGCCUAUUUCUUGCAAAAUACAGAACUCAGAUUGGGCACACAUUUGACCAGCUUUACUUCAGACUCCAUUUAUGCUUCUCUUGACCCAAUGUUCUAAGGCAUAAAUAUUUGAUUCUUUUUUUAAUUGGCGGCGGUGAUCUGUAAAACUCAACACUUUGCAGUGGGCUAAACCAAGAGAAACCACCGUGACUGGGGUGCAGCUUUGCAGGAAGCCAAAUCAGAAAGCAGCAGAGAGUGCUAUUGUUCACUCUCUGCCCCAAGGUGGACUGACCUUCCUGAGAGCACAGUACACAACAGUGUGACUCUAGAUCUUUGCCGGUACCUUCAGUUGGCUGUCUUCAAAUAUGAAACAAGAAUAUGGGAAUAACUGGCAAUAAUAUGGAAGGUUUUCACAUUUUAAAGGGAUAUAAAAGAUGCAAGAAACUGGAAUAUUCAUUUAGCUCAGAAAAUCUCAAUAUAUGGUAAGAUACUAUGUAACUGGACAGAGCUGGAAACUCUUGGAAAGUCUUGUGGUAAAGUCUAGUGCACUACCACUAAAUGUUAACAAACAUUAAGGUAUUUCUGGGCUUCUAGCUGUUUAACCAGUUUGGAGGAAGUAGCCUUUAGUAAGAGAACUAAAAGCCUGAUGUCCUUAAGAAGCCUAUGUACUUGGAAAUGCUUUUCUCUAGGCAUGCUGAGGACAGGACCAGCCCUACCAUGCCUGGGACAAAUGUCCCAGAUGUGCAAUGCUCAAUGCUAGUUCCAGGGGUCCUGGGAAGAGUUGUCCACUUGAGGUGUCCUCAGGAUUUAUUCUCACAUCAAUGUCAUUAUAGUUGAUACUGCAUUGGGUUGCCUUAACGGCUGUCAACAUUUCCAUUGUUUCCAGGAUUGACCUGUCUGCCCUCUAAUCACUUAUCACUAUGAAUUCAACUGCAACCUAAGAUUUAUAAUAAAUAGCAAAAGUAGCAAACAGAGUUGAUUGGAAAAGAGAAAUUGAAAAGAGGCAGCUAGAUAGCUAUGCAUCUGUUUAGGUAGGUGUGAAUAUAUUUUGUGUCCUUAUGAGGUGAAGUUUAAAUUUUUUGUGACAUGGAAACAGUGUGAUUAUAGAUUUCCUCUCAUGGAAUGUUGGUGAAUGUUGUCUUAAAAUUCCUAAAUGUGUUAGCCAAAAGCAGGUAAAGGAAUCAGUGUGCUGAUAGAGUUGGAACCAUUUGCUCUUAAGUAUUACGUCCUCCUGCUCUCAAGGUGCUUACAGCUAGUUGUGUGAGAGCCAGAGGAUUUUGUCGUGUGGUAUGGCAGCCUGGAACCCUGUUGCUGUUUUCCUCUGGUAGUCCUCAGUGGCUGAUCUCUGCGCGCUGUGAUGGAGACGUUAAGUGUGUUUGUUAUUUAUAAGCCUUCUCUUAACAAUUAUCAGACAAUGACGUGGGCUUUUGUUUUGUUUUUGAGUACUGAGCUGAGGCUUUAUGUCAGGUAGUUUCAAGUUAAACUUGUGAAAUACUUAUUUCCUGUCCACACCAAAUACUUAGUCUAUUUAAUGUAUUAAAUAGUUCUGCUUACAAUGUUGCCUAAAUGUUCUGUGAUUUCUGGUCAAUUUUUAUACAUACAGAUCUGUGUGCAUCUCUGUGUGCAUUCACUUUCUACCUUUGCUCUCUACCUGUGUUAACAGUACUGUUGCCAUUGGAAAGCGGUCAGUUUUCCUAGCAUUAAAAAGAAACAUGUGAGUUA